AUGGUGUACAAUACAAGAGCGCAUGUGGGAGAGUACACAAUAAUUUACACUUGGAAAAUACUAGGACUGGAUCUAAAUCAGCACAAAGAAAUAACACCACUGUUCCACCCCACUGGUGUCUUCACUCCACCACUGUUCCACCCCACUGGUGUCUUCACUCCACCACUGUUCCACCCCACUGGUGUCUUCACUCCACCACUGUUCCACCCCACUGGUGUCUUCACUCCACCACUGUUCCACCCCACUGGUGUCUUCACUCCACCACUGUUCCACCCCACUGGUGUCUUCACUCCACCACUGUUCCACCCCACUGGUGUCUUCACUCCACCACUGUUCCACCCCACUGGUGUCUUCACUCCACCACUGUUCCACCCCACUGGUGUCUUCACUCCACCACUGUUCCACCCCACUGGUGUCUUCACUCCACCACUGUUCCACCCCACUGGUGUCUUCACUCCACCACUGUUCCACCCCACUGGUGUCUUCACUCCACCACUGUUCCACCCCACUGGUGUCUUCACUCCACCACUGUUCCACCCCACUGGUGUCUUCACUCCACCACUGUUCCACCCCACUGGUGUCUUCACUCCACCACUGUUCCACCCCACUGGUGUCUUCACUCCACCACUGUUCCACCCCACUGGUGUCUUCACUCCACCACUGUUCCACCCCACUGGUGUCUUCACUCCACCACUGUUCCACCCCACUGGUGUCUUCACUCCACCACUGUUCCACCCCACUGGUGUCUUCACUCCACCACUGUUCCACCCCACUGGUGUCUUCACUCCACCACUGUUCCACCCCACUGGUGUCUUCACUCCACCACUGUUCCACCCCACUGGUGUCUUCACUCCACCACUGUUCCACCCCACUGGUGUCUUCACUCCACCACUGUUCCACCCCACUGGUGUCUUCACUCCACCACUGUUCCACCCCACUGGUGUCUUCACUCCACCACUGUUCCACCCCACUGGUGUCUUCACUCCACCACUGUUCCACCCCACUGGUGUCUUCACUCCACCACUGUUCCACCCCACUGGUGUCUUCACUCCACCACUGUUCCACCCCACUGGUGUCUUCACUCCACCACUGUUCCACCCCACUGGUGUCUUCACUCCACCACUGUUCCACCCCACUGGUGUCUUCACUCCACCACUGUUCCACCCCACUGGUGUCUUCACUCCACCACUGUUCCACCCCACUGGUGUCUUCACUCCACCACUGUUCCACCCCACUGGUGUCUUCACUCCUCCACGUUUCCCCCCAACCCCUCACUCCUCCACCCCACCCCUCACUCCACCACUGUUUUCCCCAACCCCCUCACUCCACCACUAA